AUCACACAAAAGGGGUAUGAGAAGAAGAGAGCAAAGCUUCUGGCUCCGUAUGUUCCACAAACCCAAGGGGUUGAUCCAGCAUUACAGAAGGAAUCCAGAACUCAGAUGCCUGUUCCAUCUGCAACUCCAGCCUCAGCAUCAUCAUCAUCAUCCUCCUCCUCAUCCAAAUUUCACCGAGCUCGCUCAGGGGGAGCCAGAGAUGAGCGCUAUCGAUCUGAUAUCCACACAGAAGCGGUUCAAGCAGCACUGGCAAAACACAAAGAGCAGAAGAUGGCCCUGCCCAUGCCAACCAAAAGACGGUCUACCUUUGUUCAGUCUCCAGCUGAUGCCUGCACUCCCCCAGACACGUCUUCCGCAUCCGAGGAUGAGGGGUCGCUAAGGCGCCAAGCUGCUCUUUCUGCUGCAUUGCAUCAGAGCUUACAGAAUGCUGAGUCUUGGAUCAACCGAUCUAUUCAGGGGUCAUCCACAUCUUCAUCAGCAUCUUCUACACUUUCCCAUGGAGAAGGCAAAGGGACCAGUGGGUCACUAGCUGAUGUAUUUGCCAAUACUCGAAUAGAAACUUUCUCAGUUCCCCCAGAUGUCACAGCAACUACCUCCUCUUCCUCAGCACGCCCAGCAGCGAUUGACCUUCCUCCUUCAGGGAUCGUGAAAGGGAUGCACAAGGGAUCUAACCGGUCUAGUCUCAUGGAUACUGCUGAUGGUGUUCCUGUGAGUAGUAGAGUCUCCACAAAAAUUCAACAGUUGCUUAACACCUUGAAAAGACCGAAAAGACCACCCCUAAAAGAAUUUUUUGUGGAUGAUUUUGAAGAAAUUGUGGAAGUUCCGCAGCCUGACCCAAAUCAGCCCAAGCCAGAGGGACGCCAGAUGACACCUGUGAAGGGAGAACCCCUGGGAGUUGUUUGUAACUGGCCUCCUGCCUUAGAAGCAGCACUGCAGCGCUGGGGAACCACACAAGCUAAAUGUCCCUGUCUGACAGCACUGGAUGUUACAGGAAAACCAGUUUACACCCUCACCUAUGGCAAAUUGUGGAGCAGAAGUCUCAAGCUGGCCUACACACUGCUUAAUAAACUGGGGACCAAAAAUGAACCCGUGUUAAAACCUGGAGAUAGGGUAGCCCUUGUUUAUCCCAACAAUGACCCAGUCAUGUUUAUGGUGGCAUUUUACGGCUGUCUCCUAGCAGAAGUCAUACCCGUGCCUAUAGAGGUACCUCUUACCAGAAAGGAUGCUGGUGGUCAGCAGAUUGGUUUUCUCCUGGGAAGCUGUGGUAUUGCUUUGGCCCUCACCACUGAAGUUUGUCUGAAAGGGCUUCCAAAAACCCAAAAUGGAGAAAUCGUGCAGUUUAAAGGUUGGCCCAGACUCAAAUGGGUUGUGACAGAUUCAAAAUAUCUCUCCAAAUCUCCAAAGGACUGGCAGCCCAACAUCUCCGCUGCAGGAACUGAGCCAGCAUACAUUGAGUACAAGACGAGCAAAGAGGGCAGUGUCAUGGGUGUUACAGUGUCUCGGAUCGCCAUGCUGUCUCACUGUCAAGCCUUGUCUCAGGCCUGCAAUUAUUCUGAAGGUGAAACGAUAGUGAAUGUUUUGGAUUUUAAGAAGGAUGCAGGGUUGUGGCAUGGCAUUCUAACGAAUGUAAUGAACAAACUUCAUACCAUCAGUGUGCCCUAUUCUGUGAUGAAAACCUGUCCACUCUCAUGGGUGCAGAGAGUUCAUGCCCACAAAGCAAAAGUUGCUUUAGUCAAGUGUCGAGACUUGCACUGGGCCAUGAUGGCCCAUCGAGACCAAAGAGACGUCAGCUUGAGUUCUCUGCGCAUGCUGAUUGUCACUGAUGGUGCAAAUCCUUGGUCUGUUUCCUCAUGUGAUGCCUUCCUCAGCUUGUUUCAGAGCCAUGGGCUUAAACCAGAGGCAAUUUGUCCGUGUGCCACAUCUCCAGAAGCGAUGACUAUUGCAAUACGGAGGCCUGGGGUCCCUGGGGCACCUUUGCCUGGAAGAGCCAUCCUGUCCAUGAACGGGCUGAGUUUCGGUGUGAUUCGUGUCAACACUGAAGAUAAAAACUCUGCUCUCACUGUCCAGGACGUUGGCCAUGUGAUGCCAGGAGGAAUGAUGUGUAUAGUGAAACCUGAUGGACCACCUCAGCUCUGUAAAACAGAUGAGAUUGGUGAAAUCUGUGUUAGCUCCAGAGCAGGAGGAAUGAUGUAUUAUGGGCUGGCAGGGGUGACAAAGAAUACAUUUGAGGUUAUCCCUGUGAACUCAGCUGGCUCUCCAGUGGGUGAUGUGCCAUUUGUCCGUUCUGGCUUGCUGGGGUUUGUUGGACCUGGCAGUUUGGUGUUUGUGGUUGGAAAAAUGGAUGGAUUGCUGACGGUUAGCGGACGGAGACAUAAUGCUGAUGACAUCGUAGCAACUGGAUUGGCAGUAGAGUCAAUAAAAACAGUUUACAGAGGAAGGAUUGCUGUCUUCUCAGUAUCUGUCUUCUAUGAUGAGAGGAUUGUGGUGGUUGCAGAGCAGAGGCCAGAUGCAUCUGAAGAGGACAGUUUUCAGUGGAUGAGUCGAGUGCUGCAGGCGAUUGACAGCAUUCACCAAGUGGGUGUAUAUUGCCUUGCUCUCGUGCCAGCCAAUACAUUGCCAAAAACUCCACUGGGAGGAAUCCAUAUCUCUCAAACUAAACAGCACUUUCUGGAAGGCUCUUUGCACCCGUGUAACAUCCUCAUGUGCCCGCACACGUGUGUGACGAACUUGCCAAAACCCAGGCAGAAACAACCAGGCGUUGGCCCUGCCUCUGUGAUGGUGGGGAACCUGGUUGCUGGGAAGCGUAUUGCUCAAGCCUCUGGAAGAGAUCUUGGUCAAAUAGAAGACAAUGAUUUAGUUAAAAAGCACCAGUUCCUGACAGAGGUCUUACAGUGGAGAGCUCAAGCAACUCCUGACCACCCACUCUUCCUUUUAUUAAAUGCCAAGGGAACUACUGUGUGCACAGCCACCUGCCUUCAGUUGCACAAAAAAGCUGAGAGAAUUGCGUCAGUUCUGUGUGACAAAGGACAUCUCAAUGCAGGAGACAAUGUGGUGCUUCUUUAUCCUCCUGGCAUUGAGCUAAUCACCGCGUUCUAUGGCUGUUUGUACGCUGGCUGCAUCCCUGUGACCGUGAGACCACCUCAUGCUCAGAGCCUCACUGCUACUCUGCCCACUGUGCGAAUGAUCGUGGAAGUCAGCAAAGCUGCCUGUAUUCUCACAACUCAGACCUUAAUGAGACUACUGAAAUCCAGAGAGGCAGCUGCUGCUGUAGAUGUGAAAACCUGGCCAACCAUCAUUGACACAGAUGACUUGCCCAGGAAGCGGCUGUCUCAGAUCUAUAAGCCACCUACACCUGAAAUGUUAGCAUAUCUAGAUUUUAGUGUUUCCACAACAGGCAUGCUUACAGGAGUAAAGAUGUCCCAUGCGGCGGUGAGUGGCCUUUGCAGGGCAAUCAAGCUGCAGUGUGAGCUCUACUCCUCUCGGCAGAUCGCAAUUUGUCUUGACCCCUAUUGUGGACUGGGUUUUGUGCUCUGGUGCCUUUGCAGUGUGUAUUCUGGACACCAGUCAAUUUUAAUUCCUCCUAUGGAGCUGGAAUCCAAUCUUUUUCUCUGGUUAUCUACUGUCAGCCAGUAUAAAAUAAGGGACACUUUCUGUUCCUAUUCAGUCAUGGAACUGUGCACAAAGGGACUUGGAAACCAAGUUGAAAUGUUAAAGGCACGAGGAAUUAAUCUGUCCUGUGUCCGGACUUGUGUGGUAGUUGCAGAGGAACGGCCACGAGUUUCUCUCACUCACUCCUUCUCCAAACUCUUCAAAGACAUUGGCCUGUCCUCUCGUGCUGUAAGCACCACCUUCGGGUCAAGAGUCAACGUUGCUAUCUGUUUACAGGGAACAUCUGGACCUGAUCCCACCACGGUGUAUGUAGAUCUGAAAUCCUUGAGACAUGACAGAGUACGUCUGGUGGAAAGGGGAGCUCCACAAAGCCUGCUACUUUCAGAAUCUGGGAAGAUUUUACCUGGAGUCAAAGUAGUCAUUGUUAAUCCUGAGACAAAAGGGCCUCUUGGAGAUUCUCAUCUCGGGGAGAUUUGGGUCAAUAGUCCACACACAGCCAGUGGCUACUACACUAUCUAUGACAAUGAAACCCUUCAAGCUGAUCAUUUCAACACUCGUCUGAGCUUUGGUGACGCUGCUCAGACGCUUUGGGCUCGGACUGGAUACCUUGGUUUUGUUCGUCGGACAGAACUCACGGCUGCCAGCGGAGAGCGCCACGAUGCACUGUAUGUUGUUGGAGCACUGGAUGAGACUUUGGAACUGAGGGGACUGCGUUACCAUCCAAUUGAUAUUGAGACUUCUGUAUCUCGAACGCACAGAAGCAUUGCUGAAUGUGCUGUAUUCACAUGGACCAACUUGCUGGUGGUUGUUGUGGAGCUGUGUGGCUGUGAACAGGAAGCUCUGGAUUUAGUUCCUCUAGUUACAAAUGUGGUCCUGGAAGAACAUUACCUAAUUGUGGGAGUGGUGGUGGUAGUGGAUCCUGGAGUUAUUCCUAUCAAUUCCAGAGGAGAGAAACAACGAAUGCAUCUCCGUGACAGUUUUCUAGCUGAUCAGUUAGACCCCAUAUAUGUAGCCUAUAACAUGUAACAUGCAUGGGGGAAGUGAUGUUCAGAAACUUGGCGGGACCACUAAACGACAGAGCGUGGCUAGAGAAAUGAAGCUGGUGAAUAUUACUAAUACUUGAUAUAAAGUUUGAGAUUGCUGCCAUAUUUCCCUUCAUCUCAUCCUGUGGUAUUUAAGAUCACAUUAAACUACCAACGGACAAAAGGAAAUGUGGUAGACAAUGGAAAACAUUGACAACAGUUUACUGAAAUAUUAGCUUUAUAGAAAAUGCAAAGUUGACAAGUGUGUGAGCUACAAAAUUCCUAAGGCCUUUACAGUAGUGUUACUUUUUUUUUUUUCAUCUGUUGUACAUAUUUGUAUUUUUAUCUAAUACUGGUUUAGGAUUCUAUAAGG